GGGAGAGGCCGCGCGCGCCCGCCCGCUCUUUCUGCGCGCGGCCCUCCCCGCUGCCCCCGCCCUCGCGCCCUGUUUGGAGGGAGCCACCCUGACGUCGGAGCCGCUCCCCCGCGCCGCGCGCCCGCCCGGGGCCGCAGACGGCGCGCAGCGCAGCCCAGCCGAGCCUCGCGGGGCCGCCCCCAGCCCUGCCGGCCGCCUCGCCGAGCCUCCCGGGGCGCCCGGGCCCGCGACCCCCGCACCCAGCUCCGCAGUAGCCGGCGGGCGCGCGCGGGCUCUGGAGGCCACGGGCAUGAUGCUUCGGGUCCUGGUGGGGGCUGUCCUCCCUGCCAUGCUGCUGGCUGCCCCACCGCCCAUCAACAAGCUGGCACUGUUCCCGGACAAGAGUGCCUGGUGCGAAGCCAAGAACAUCACCCAGAUCGUGGGACACAGUGGCUGUGAGGCCAAGUCCAUCCAGAACAGGGCGUGCCUAGGACAGUGCUUCAGCUACAGCGUCCCCAACACCUUCCCACAGUCCACAGAGUCCCUGGUUCACUGUGACUCCUGCAUGCCAGCCCAGUCCAUGUGGGAGAUUGUGACGCUGGAGUGCCCAGGCCACGAGGAGGUGCCCAGGGUGGACAAGUUGGUGGAGAAGAUCCUGCACUGUAGCUGCCAGGCCUGCGGCAAGGAGCCCAGUCACGAGGGGCUGAGUGUCUAUGUGCAGGGCGAGGAUGGGCUGGGCUCCCAGCCCGGUGCCCACCCUCACCCCCAUCCCCACCCCCACCCUGGCGGGCAGACCCCUGAGCCCGAGGACCCCCCUCGGGCCCCCCACACGGAGGAAGAGGGGGCUGAGGACUGAGGCCCCCCGACUCUUCCUCCCCUCUCAUCCCCCUGUGGAGUGUUGGGUCUCACCUUCCGGGGAGGAGUCCGGGGAGAGGCUGAAGCCCCCCUUUGGCACUGGAUGGACUUGGAUUCAGACUCGGACUUGGAAUGCUGCCUGGUUGCCGUGGAGAUCUGAAGGGGAGGGGUUGGAGGCAAGCUGCACAAUUUAAUAUAUUCAAGAGUGGGGGGAGGAAGCAGAGGUCUUCAGGGCUCUUUUUUGGGGGUGUCUCUUCCUGUCUGGCUUCUAGAGAUGAACCUGUGGGAGAGGGAGGAAGUUGGCUGAGCCGCUGAGUCGGGGGAAGGCCAUCCAAGAUGGCAUGAACCAGGGUAAGGUGUGUGGGGGUGCAGAUGGUCCUGCUGAGGUUCGGGGCCUAGGGUGAGCAUCUUGCAAGCCUCAGCCUUGAGGGAGGGGCUGGGCUAGAAAGAUCGCUGGCAGAAACAGGAGGGUCCAGCCCCACGGGCUUCCCCCAAGGCCGCUCACCCCACUCCCCAUCCCCAGAGAAGCACGGCCCCAAUGGCACUGAAGUGGCCCUUCCUCAGCGGAGGGGUUUGGGAGUCAGGCCUGGGCAGGACCCUGCUGACUUACGGUGCUGGAGCUGGGUGCCAGGCUCUCUGGGCCUUUCUCUGGCUUCCUUGGCUUGCCUGGUGGGGGAGGGAGAGGAGAGGAAGGAGUCUUCCAAGGCCAGAGGGAGGGGGAUGACCCCCCAGACAAUCCCUGAAGAUGCGUAUCCCCUUCCUCUCCCUGUUAGAAACGUUAGUGCAUCCCCACUGUCCCCCAAGUUUUAGGCCCCCCUCUCCCAGGGAUGCUCUUUCUAAAUAUCGGAUGGGUAUGAGAGUGAGGGGUUACUUCCCUUGCCCCAAGGUUCCAGAGGCCCUGGGUAGGUUGGGCUUGGGCUGAGCCUCGAGGAACUCCAGGACGAGGACGAUGGCCAGCUUUCGUGGACGGCCAGGGUUCACUCGGGCUCUCUCUAGCUCCCCAGUUCUGCCCGCCUCCUGCCUCCCAGCUGCACUUUAACCCUAGAUGGGUGGGGACCUGCGGGGAGGGGCAGGGCAGACAGGCCGUGAAGAAAGCCCCUCUGUGCCCAGAACUGCCUGCGUCUGCUCUUCUGUGCCAGCCCACCGCCUCCUGCCUGGGGUGUCCCGGCCCUCCCGGCUGUUGCGACCCGGGCUUCUGGAGCUUGUCACCAUUGGACAGUCUCCCUGACGGACCCUCAGUCUUCUCAUGAAUAAAUUCCUUCAACGCC